AUGGACUCCAUGUCAUGGGCUCUGAUUCCUGUGGCAAAUGUGGCCAUGAUUGAUUACACCCUGGAGUUCUUAACUGCAACUGGUGUGGAGGAAACCUUUGUCUUUUGUUGCUGGAAGUCUUCAGAAAUCAAGGAACAUUUACUGAAAUCUAAGUGGUGCCAUCCCAAUUCUCCAAAUACAGUGCGGUUUGUGACCUCCGACCUCUACCGCUCGCUCGGCGACGUGCUCCGGGACGUUGACGCCAAGACACUUGUUCGUUCUGAUUUCAUCCUGGUCUCCGGAGAUGUUGUGUCCAAUAUUAAUGUUUCCACAGCCUUACAGGAACACAGGUUACGGCGUAAGCUGGAGAAAAAUGUGUCUGUGAUGACAAUGAUCUUCAAAGAGUCCUCGCCGGGCCACCAAGCUAGGUGCCAAGAGGAUGAUGUUAUCAUUGCCAUGGACGGUGCUACAAAACGGGUCCUACACUACCAGAGAACUCGAGGGCUGAAGCGCUUCCGGUUUCCCAUGAGCUUGUUCCAGAGUAAUAUUGAAGAAGUGCAAAUACGGCAUGAUCUGCUGGACUGCCACAUCAGCAUCUGCUCCCCUCAGGUGGCUGAACUCUUCACAGAUAACUUUGAUUAUCAAACUCGGGAUGAUUUUGUGCGAGGCCUUCUGGUGAAUGAAGAGGUUCUGGGCAAUCAGAUCCACAUGCAUGUGACCUCAGAGGAAUACGGCGUCCCGAUAUCAAACUUGUUGAUGUAUGAAUCUGUGUCCUCUGACAUCCUGCAACGCUGGGUCUAUCCCAUUACUCCGGAGAGGAACAUCACUGAUGAGAAGAGGCAAAACUGCACUCAUUCCCGGCACAACAUCUACCGGGGGGCGGAGGUGAGCCUGGGUCAUGACAGCGCCCUCGAAGAGAACGUUCUCAUCGGACAGGGGACGUCGGUUGGCAGAAAAUGCCAUAUCACCAACAGCGUCAUUGGCCCCAACUGCAAGAUAGGUGACGAGGUAAUUCUGGAUCAGGCGUUUCUGUGGAACGGUGUCUGCAUAGGAGAUCGUGUGAAAAUCCAGCGGUCGAUAAUUUGUGAUGAGGCAGAGGUAAAGAAAGGGGUAACGUUGAGUCCUCGCUGCGUCCUCACUUCCCAGGUGGUGGUGGGCCCUGAUAUGGUCACUUUGAUUCUCUGGGGACUGCUCUUACUUUUUUACCCAUGUGGUUCAAUCAAAACCAACACUUGCUCCUUUUUUCUAGGCUACAACAUUGCAGAAGUUGGUUCAGAGGGCAGAGGGUACGUCUGGAAAGCUGACAGCGAGAAUGAUGUUGACCAAGAGGAGCAAACGCAGAGUCUUUGGGGUCCCACUUUGAGUGCAGAAGAAGAAAGCGAAUCAGAAAGCGAUAUCAGCCUGGGGUCUGAGCAGCCAGAUAGUCGGACAGCUUCUCCUCAGUUGGAUGACAUCAAAGUUUUCCAGAACGAGGUCCUGGGUACUCUGCAAAGAGGUGAAGAGGAAAACAUAUCGUGUGACAACCUGGUCCUGGAAAUCAACUCACUCAAGUAUGCCUAUAACAUUGGCCUGAAAGAGGUGAUGGAGGUGCUCAGCAGGGUGGUUCUGGAGUUCCCCCUGCAGCAGUUAAAUGCGGAGAAGGAUCCCCAGCACUACUGCAUGCUGGUAAUACCUUUACUGAAGAAUUGGGCUCCUGUUUUCAAGAACUACAUAAAACGCGCGUCGGAUCACUUGGACGCCUUGCACGCUAUUGAAGAGUUCUUCCUGGACCACGAGACCCUGUGCAUGUCCAUGGCCAAAGUGCUGAUGACUUUCUACCAGCUGGAAAUCUUAGCAGAAGAGAUGAUUCUUGCCUGGUUUUCUCAAAGGGACACUUCAGAUAAAGGCCGACAGCUCCGUAAAAACCAGCGGCUUCAAAAGUUUAUCCAGUGGCUGGAGGAAGCUGAAGAGGAGUCGUCCGAGGGAGACGAAAACUAAAGGGGCCGCCUCCAUCAGAAAAGAGACGCCGCUGCUCCCAGUUUCUAAGAGGAGGAAGGACCACGGCCGCCCCGGGCUUUGCCUGACAAGGUGGCAGCGCAAGAGCAAGACCACCCCCCCAAUGCAUGGCGUGUUCCGUGUGGGACCUGAAAAUCCAAGUGGACUGACAAUCCCAUUGUUGUUUUAUACUCCUAACUGACACCCCCCCUGGAAAGGCACUCAGGUGGGAGACCCACCCCGGGGGUGGGGGGGAUAAACCAGAGAAGUGCACAAAGCUGAAGAUCUAUCUGAAGCGCUCUGUGUGGGUGUGAAGACAGUGAAUAAGAGAUUAUCCAUCGGAGGGCCUGGGGAGAGGGGGAGGGAACUGGUGCAGAUACGGAUGGCAAGAGAGGGCAGCUUGUGCACGUUCUGUCUCAACUGUGGUUGUUCAUGUCUGCCCCACUUCUGCGUUGUGCAGCAGAGGUCCUGCAAGACCACCUUUCCCAGGCGUCCUUGACCUUCCUGGAGUGCCAGGUGUGUAGAUGGUCUCCCACCCGUUGUUUUAAGGACUCACUGGUAUUACAGAAAAGAAACAGGCACAGGGAUCUUGUAACCCAUGCUCUGGAUUGAUAGGAGAAGGUGUGCUCUUAUUGAAGGGUAGAGGUUGUCCAUGGAUGCGGAGCGAUUCGGCCACAAGGGAAAAGACACCCACCUUUCCAGAAGGAGAGGUUUCUGUGUACGUAGUUAGACUAACUUUCCUUUCUGCUUGGAUGUCCACUUGACCCGACUAUAGCCUUUGCCAAAAUCAUGGAGCCUUUUCUGUUUCACUUCUGUUUGUACAAAAUGGGGAAAGAGUUCACCUACCUCAAAGGUACCUCAGUUCGUACAUGGAAAAUUCUGUAAUGAUAGUGGUUCUUUCACUCGCGAUGGAGGGAGCUUUUUGUCUUUCUCUGUCCUCUUUACUGACCAGUUUUCCCCUCUUGGACUUUGAAGGAGGAGUCCAUUGCUUCCAACGUCUUGUAAGGAGGAACACAUCUUCUUGUGAUGUGUCCAGAAGCUGCUGACAUCUGUAGAUGUCAUGUCUUAACUUUUUCCGAUCUCUUCGGUCCUGGGUGGCUGACACCACGCAGAUGCCAGCUAAAACGUCCAUCCCAGAUCCCUGUAAUUUUAGAGGUUUUAAAGACAAUAUUUGUUAUAAUUUAAGAAGUACUUCUCUUUCCUCUCAAAAGUGGUCAUUAAAAAGGCUGUGGUUCUCAGCUGGCAUUAAAAAAAAAAAGCACGGUG